AUGUUAACAUCAAGUAGAAACAAUGUGUCAUUGCAUACGAGCGUUGAUAUUGAUCAGUUGACUAAACGGACGGUAGUGAGUGCAGCCGAUUCGAAUAAUUCCAUUGAAAAUGCAUAUUCACUCGAUCAUUUAUUUUUAUCAUUUCAUAAACGUAUUGGUCGCAUAAAUGAUUCCUAUUCCGUGUCCACGCUACACUAUGCAUUAAAAGCUGCAUCACGUCUAUUUAACACAUAUCAAAAUAUUUCAUUAUCAGUUGUUGAUGAAUUUGUUCGACGUCUAAAAAAAAUUAAAGAAAAAAAAGUUUGUGGUCAUUUAAAACAAUUUUUAAAAUUAAUCGAAUAUUUACGAAAAUGUCAUGAAACAUUAAAAAAUGAAUUAUUAGUCACAACAUUGGCAUUAGAUUUUAAUGAAGAUAUAUUAACAAAGAAAAAUGAUGACACUAAUUUAUUAGCAAUAUCCGGUAAAUUUUCACCAAAAAGUCGUAUGUCAAAAUAUCGUUUACACUAUGCACAACAUGCACUAAAAAUAAAAGAAGAACUAAAAGCUGUUAAUGAAAAAUUAGUAAAUUUAUUGAACGACGAAUAUGAUGCAAAUAUGAACUUAUUGUACGAUCAAAGUGAAAAAGCUCUAUCAGGUCUCACCUACUAUAAUAGUGGGAUGGCGUAUAUUCUACGACUUAUUCCUGAUAUUGCCUUAAAAUUUGAAACAAUACUUCGGCUAUGUACACAAUUGUUCGAUUUAGAGUCAACAAUUCAAUUGCAACUACCACCAAUUGAGGAUAGUCGUUUGAACCAAUAUACUUCACCCAUCGCACUUAGCGCAGAUAUCACUCCACGAUCGACAUUAACUCACUCUGAUCGACAUUUAUCAAUUCUACCACAUGACCUUCAAGCUAGCAAUAACAAUUUAAGUGUGGACUCCAAUUCACAAUCGAAUCAUUUUCUCGUAUUGCCAUCAAACAUAAAUACCCAUCAAUCAUCGGUUCUUCCCGUACAGCAAACUUUUGCUUUCUCAACCGAUGCCACCACUGGGCAGUCUCGUUUACCAACAACCACAAUAAAUUUAAAUGCUCUGAAGACUCUAAAUUCUCAUCAAAAACAACAACAGCAACAAAGUCGCCCUUCGAUAUCAUCAUCACUUUCAUCAACAAAUGUUACAAGUAGUUCAAGUACAGAACAAAUUCCAUUUCUCAAUCAGACUGAUAUAUCACCAUAUACAAUAAAUAAUAAAUCAAAUGAUAUUAUAGCAACAGUUAAACAAGACACAAGCAUGAAUGUUCUCAUUACUGGCUUAAGAUGUCGUUUACAAGAAGAAGUAGCUCGACUAACAUCCUUAUUAGAAUGCUAUCAAAAGGCACCGGAAGCGGUCGAACGUUUUCGUAUUAUAUGUCGAAGAAUUUCGGAAAUUGAACGAUCAAUGAUUGAUCUUAAAAUUGAUUAUGAUAAUAAAGGUGAUGCGGAAAGCGAAACAACAUCAACACAAGCCAUCUAUUCUCGUCAUCCCCAAGUUAUAUUAGCAAGAGAAUUGUUAUUAGCAAAGUAUCGGAAGAAUCUCUAUAUGACAGAUUAUCGAGCUCACGCAAGUGUACAAGGAGAACUAGAAAUAGCCAUUCGAGAAGUUAAGAGUAAAAUUGAAUGGUUACAAAUGGCGUUACAACGAGCAGUGCAAAGUUUAUAA